ACGUGACGUUACGUGGAAGCAGAUUGCAGAAAAACUAUUUGGAGCAAUUUGGAGAUUGUGAGUUGUGACCAGUGAGAGGUUCUGUAUUAUUUUAAUUAGCUAGUAGCUCAAAUAGAAACGAACAAAAUGGUCUCAAAACAAUUAAUUGUAAUUUUCGCGGCGGUAUUCAGUUGUGCGUAUGCCCAAUCAUGCCAGAACCCAAAAGUUGAGGCUGCUUCUUUCACAAGCUUGGACGCCACAGUGGUCACUCAAAUAGCGUAUAUCACUGAAUUUACCCUACAAUGCGAUAAUCCUCUUCAAGAAAACUAUGCCCUCUACGCCGAGGUUGACGGUAAAGCGUUAACAGCAGCUCGCAUCGGCGAAAACAAAUACCAGGUCUCAUGGACUGAGGAGCCUGCCAAGGCCCGCUCUGGUGUGCAUGAGGUCCGCAUCUUGGAUGAGGAAGGUUGGGCUUCCCUCCGCAGGGCCCGCCGCUCUGACCCUGCUGCUACUGUUGCCCCACUUUUGGCCAUCCAGCUGCAACAUCCAGGAAGUUACUCAGGACCGUGGGUUAACUCUGAAGUACUAGCGACAGUUCUCUCAAUCCUCAUUGCGUACACCGCCCUACUCAACAAAACUAAAAUCCUAGCUUAAGUUAUUAGAUUUUAUUAUUAAAUUUUUUUAUUUAUAU